AGCACCGUCUCGCUUCUCCAAAAAGAACUGCACUGAAGACGGAAAAUCCCGGAGUUGAGCUUCCCUCGCCAUCCGUGACGUACGACCAAGGAACGAAUCACCCAGUGAGAAUAGGAGAGGAUGCCAUUUCUCCACGCAUUCGUAACAGAAACGGGAAGAAACCAAAAACCGGACUAAUGAGACUGACGUAAUCAGAAAGCGCUGCGGAGGCGCGAGGCUAAUAGAACUCUAUGGUGGUGUCAGGCGCCUUUUUUUAACAAUCGGAUGAGAGGUUCUUGGUGUUGGAGAAGGAGUCUGCGCUUAAGGAGUAAUUAUUAUGGCGUCGGUGGUCCUGAGCGAGGCGGAAAAGGUUUAUAUCAUGCACGGUGUCCAGGAAGAUCUUCGAGUUGAUGGCCGUGGCUGUGAAGAUUAUAGAUGUACAGAAGUGGAAACAGAUGUGAUAUCUAAUACAAGUGGCUCUGCUAGAGUAAAACUUGGGCACACAGACAUCCUGGUUGGAGUCAAAGCAGAAAUGGGAACCCCAAAGCUGGAGAAACCAAAUGAAGGCUGCUUGGAAUUCUUCGUUGAUUGUUCAGCAAAUGCCACUCCAGAAUUUGAGGGACGUGGUGGUGAAGAACUUGGCACUGAGAUCGCAAAUACCCUUUAUAGGAUAUUUAAUAAUGAGAGCAGUAUCAACUUGAAAACCCUUUGUAUUAAUCCCAGACAGUAUUGCUGGAUACUUUAUGUUGAUGUCUUGUUAUUGGAGUGUGGUGGUAACUUGUUCGACGCCAUCUCAAUUGCAGUGAAGGCAGCACUCUUUAAUACCAGGAUCCCCAAAGUACGUGUUUUGGAGGAUGAAAGAGGACAUGAAAUUGAACUGUCUGAUGAUCCUUUUGACUGUAUUCGACUCAGUGUUUAUAACAUUCCUUGUAUUGUUACCUUAAGCAAAAUUGGCUAUAAGCAUGUGGUCGACACCACUCUUCAGGAAGAAGCAUGUUCCUUGGCUAGCCUCCUUAUUUCUAUAACAAGUCAGGGUGUUAUCACUUGCAUGAAAAAAGUGGGAAGAGGGAGCCUUGACCCAGAGAGCAUUUUUGAGAUGAUGGAGACUGGAAAGAGAGUAGGCAAAUUGCUGCACACAUCCUUGCAAGCUAUCUUAGAUAAAGAAGAGAGUCUCGGAACAGCACGAAAAAAAGUUGGAUUUUUGGGAUGAGUUGCCAUCAUCAGUUUCAAUCAAUUGAAUUUUUACUUAAAAGUGUGUGUUUAUUGGUUUGUUUGUUUCUACAAAAUCAAAUAUAUUUUAAAUAAAGAAAGGAUUACUCAUGUACACUUGUGUUAAGGGAUCUUAAAUGUUUACAACAAAACAGAAAAAAUUAUAGUCCAACUCCACAAAAAUGUACAAACGCCAUUUCAUUUUACUUUCUAUAAAGUCCAAGUCUUUGUCAACAGUUUCUGCACAGAUCUGUCCACAUGAUAUAUUUAGUAUCCUUGCCCUUUUGAGUACAUGUUUUUCUUAUUCAAUUUCAGAUUCUAACAUUGUUUUAUAUGGUAUAAUUUUUGUUUUAUAUUUGCCUUCCAAUUUUUUUUAUUGAUUGCUUUUAUUCUGUUCUUAUUUUAUGUUAUUUUUCAUUUUUGAAAUUGACACUGAAUAUAUCAAUACUUUUAAUAAUAUGGCAAAUAUAUUCAAUUCUUGAAUCUGCAUUACCUAACCUCAUUUUGACCCAGGGAUAUGUGGUGGGUGGAACACAAAUAGAAUAACAGACAUGCAUGCUCAUAGGAUCUAUUCUUGUUAGCCCUAGAUUUUCUAAAAUCUAACCAAAUGCUGUAUGGACAAGUGGACUGAUGUUGAAGACCUUAACACAGAUUUGAAUGCUUCAGAGUGAAUAUUCUGGUCUAUCUAACAAAAAUAAUGGGUGUGUUUCUCCAAAUUUCCUGUUCAUAGAACUGAAAU